ACAUAGCUAUGCGAAAUACAUUCAUACAUCGCUAAUGAAAAAUAUUUAUCAUCAGUAGCCAAUAUUCUCUAUUUUAGUUUGUCUGUAAUCAAGGCUAACCCAGCAUAAUCUAUUAAUAGGAUUUCAGUACAGAAUCAAUGUUCCGAUUACGCGCCAACCAGGUCAAGUCGACAUUUAUAUUUAUAGAUCAGGGCAACGACCGUCAACAGAUGGAACGUUUACGAAGACGAUUUCAAGAAAACGACUUGGCAUACAUGAUAGAUAAAAUACAAAAAUAAGUUGACUAGAUGCUGAUUACUUCCUGUAUAUACACAGAGAAAAUUUUAAUUAUUCAUUCAAACACAUACAAGUAACCUUUACUUCUUGAUAUGAAGGAUAAGAAUGACUGAAGACGAGGGUCUAGUUGUACAGAAAUUACUGGAAGGAUCUCAUAUCAAUGCGCAUGUAGGCGGUGCAGUAGCCGAUGCAGCAAAUACUGAUGUCAAACAUUCAUGUCCUCUGAAUAACGAAACCUCUGAUUUCAAUAAAGAUGUGCAAUUGACAGACUCAAUGCAUGCUCAGCAGCAAGUCUUAGAUACUGGUACUAAACCAUUAACAUUUAACUCUGAAGUCCUUACUGAUUGUUCUAUAGCGACGAAAGACAACGCCAACAUAAAUAAUUGGAAAGGUUUCCAAGAUGAAGACAGAUCCGAAAAAAGUAUAGAAAACACUGAUUCAUGCGAAAGUGACACAACUUCUUUGUGCGGAAGCACUUCCGGAAAAAGCAUAGGUAGCAGUAAUUUGAAUCUCACAGAUUCAGAAAAGGAUGACAUAGUAAUAAUUUCAUCAGACGACACUCUAGACAGGACAGGUUCAUUGACUGGAAAAGAUAAUGAAUCAAAUAAAUUUCCUUCACGGCCUUCAAAGAAUGCUAAAAGAGUUAAGAAAAUAUAUCCUGAUGGCCACAUCCUCUGUAAGAUAUGUGGUGACAAGGCUUCCGGUUUCCAUUAUGGCGUCUUUUCUUGUGAAGGAUGUAAGGGAUUCUUUAGAAGAACAGUCCGCCAAAAGUUGACAUAUAAGCCAUGUGCUAAUGGCGACAAGAAAGGAUGUUUGAUCAUGAGGAUUAGUCGAAACAGAUGUCAAUACUGCCGUAUGAAGAAAUGUUUGGAUGCAGGGAUGUCACACGAAGCUGUAAGAUUAGGAAGAUGUCCAAAGAAAGAUAAGCCGUCCAGAUUUAACUUAUUUAAAAUUUCUAAUGAGAAUCAUGACAAAAUUGAUAUUGACAAGCAGAUAAGGACAGAAGAAUUGAUUUUAAAAAUUCAUGAUAGUUUUAUGGCAGCGAACAAAGAGUUUCACGCAUUGACGUGUCGUUACCAGCAGUCAAAGGUUUUGGAGGUCACAUGCGAGCACGAUACAAAAAUAUUGUGUUCCAGAUACUUACCAGCCAUUGUUCACUUCACAACGAUAUUCGCGCGAGAUUUGACUCCAUUUAAAAAAAUAGAUGUGCACAGUCAGAGAAAUCUUGUGAAACAAAGUUUAUUGGAAAUAGCUGUCAUUCAUUCACUGUAUUGGAACGAUGAAACCACUUUCGGUAAAAUAUUGGACCGUUUUGGAUAUAUCGUAGAUAUUUUGAAUUGUGAACAGUAUGGGAUUUUUGGACAAUUUCUAUUAGAUAUGUUCUACUCAGUUCAAAAAUUAAAAAAACUGGAAUUAACUGACGUUGAAUUGUCUGUGAUGGCUGCCAUGGUAUUGUUUUCACCGGAUCGACCAGGACUGGAUAUUUACAAGAACACAUUCCUAUUAGAACAAAUGGAAGAUAUUUUGUGUCUUGCGUUAAAAAGUCAAUUUGCUCAAAAUCAUGAUAACUGUGAACAACUUUUUACAAAAAUAGUUGAAGUUUUAAUAAACUUGCGGACUAUUUCUGGGGUGUAUUUAGAAAUUAUUCUCAACUCACAGAUAGACAUUGUAGACGUGUCAUAAAGCGCCAGAAUGAAUCAGAUUAAAAUAAUUCCGUCAGUCAGGAUGCACAAAAAAAAUUCAGAUUGCUGGUGGUAUAUUUGACCAAUUACUCCACGGUACAUUGUUAUUGUGCAUAUUUGUUUAUUUAUCUAUACACUACAAUUUCGACAAAACGGAAGUUCCGAGAUAGUCCGUUUCUCCGGGUCUGAUCUCAUUUUAUACACAAAAGUCAGAUGAUUACUUCAGAAAGUUUGGUAUGUUUGGAUAAACAACAUAUCGUUUGCGUAAAAUAUCAAUUAAUGAGUAAUUGGUUUUCACCAGUGUUAUUUUGUCAAAUAGAAAAGUGAUCGACUAUCUAGCUGUUAAAAUUCUUGGAUAUGCUUAAUUUGUCUGUGAGAAAGACUAGGAAUAUGCCAAGAAAAUGUAAUGCUUUACGACUUUUUCAGCCCAAACAUUCGAACGGCCAUUUUCUCGGAAUGGAAUUCCCGUAUGAACGCUUCAUUUUGAAAUUAUCAUAAUAUCAGAUUAUAUGCUUUUAUAAACGCUUAAUGCUUGUCAAGUUGAACAACACGAUCAUAUGAAAUAUUAUUAUUUUAUGGUGUUUUACAAACCUGUAUAUUGCUAUGUUUUAUUUGAACUAUUAUAGUAUUUAUAUGUCAAUAUGACGAGGGCCUCAAAAUGUUGUUACCUAUAGACAUAAAUAAAUUAAUUAAAAUGUG